CCACAGAGUGGGAGGACCAGUGAGGACCAGGUUCACCCUAGGGUUUGCUUGUGCUUGAGACGAGAGCUGCAGCCCGUUUGGAUGCUUUACUCUGACUGCAGCCAUGCAAAACGGUGCAGAAAAGCCCAGUUUUUUGGUUCUGGAGAACUACAUUGGAGGAAAGUUCAUCCCUGGCAGGAGUCACAUUGACUCCUAUGAUCCCUCCACUGGGGAGGUCUACUGCAAAGUACCGGACAGCGGCGAGGAGGAGGUGGACGCGGCGGUGGCGGCCGCAAAAAAGGCCUUCCCUGAUUGGUCAGCGCGGAGUCCCCAGCAGCGAGCGGAUGUCCUCAACAAGCUGGCGGAUCUGAUUGAAGCCAACAUGGAGGACUUUGUCCAAGCUGAGUCCAGAGACCAAGGUAAAACCCUGAUGUUCGCUCGUACCGUGGACAUUCCUCGAUCUGUGUACAACUUUCGCUUCUUUGCAUCGUCCGUGCUCCACCACACCACCGACUGCAGCCAGAUUGGCCACAUGGGCUGCCUGAACUACACUGUGCGCUGUCCAGUGGGAGUGGCUGGUCUGAUCAGUCCCUGGAACCUCCCUCUGUAUCUAUUGACAUGGAAGAUUGCACCUGCAAUCGCUACCGGUAACACGGUGGUUGCCAAGCCCAGUGAGAUGACCUCUGUGACCGCCUGGAUGAUGUGCAAGUUGAUGCAGCAAGCUGGCGUCCCUCCAGGUGUGGUGAAUCUUGUGUUUGGGACUGGUCCAAGAGCAGGUGAUGCUCUUGUUGCCCACGCUGAUGUCCCACUGAUCUCCUUCACUGGUUCUUCAGCAACUGCCCAGCGCAUCACUGAGCGGAGCGCCCCCUAUUGUAAGAAGCUCUCCCUGGAGCUGGGGGGUAAAAACCCAGCCAUUAUUUUUGCUGAUGCAGACAUGGAGCAGUGUAUAGAGACAACCAUUCGCUCCAGUUUCUCCAAUCAGGGAGAAAUCUGCUUAUGUACCAGCAGGAUUUAUGUAGAAAGGAGCAUUUACUCUGAAUUUCUACAAAAGUUUGUGGCUGCAGCUAAAAAGUGGAAGACUGGUUCUCCCUCUGACUCCCAAAACAACAAUGGAGCUCUCAUCAGUAAGGAGCACCUAGAGAAGGUUCGUGGCUUUGUGGCGCUUGCUAAAUCAGAAGGUGCCAUAAUUCACUGUGGUGAGGGGGUUGACCAGCUGGACCUCCCUGCACACAACAAAUCUGGCUACUUCAUGCCAGCUACAGUUAUCUCAGGCCUACCUGACAGCUCACGCGUCAUGCAGGAGGAGAUCUUUGGACCUGUCACCUGCAUCAGCCCCUUUGACAGUGAGGAGGAAGCUGUUGCUAGGGGUAACGAUGUGCGUUACGGCCUGUCUGCCACUGUGUGGUCCAGGGACGUGGGUAGGGUUCACCGGGUGGCAGAGCGGUUACAAGCGGGUCUGGUGUGGACCAACUGCUGGCUGGUGAGAGAUCUGAAUCUGCCUUUUGGAGGAAUGAAGAGCUCUGGUGUGGGGAGGGAAGGAGGGAAGGAUUCCUAUCACUUCUUCACAGAGGUGAAGAGCAUCACGAUCAAACACUGAGAAGAUCAAAUCUUCCAUCCUCUCAAAUUGCUUAACAUUGCAAUUAAGUCACAUCUCUAGAUUUAAUUUAAAAAAAUCUAAUAAAAGUUGAAUAAAACACUUAUUGUUUUUAUUAGACGGGCACAGAUUCUGGUUUGUACAUCUCUGACCUGCUGAUACAAUCCUUAAAAAGCCUGAACAUAAGAUUAGCAUAAAAAAUAAAUUAAUGUGGAAAUUAUGACUUGGAAGUAAAAACUUCAACUUGGAACAUUUGUUAUUGCUGGUGUAAAUGAUUGGCGGUGUGCUUAAAGACCUGUGAAAAUGUCUUGUUUCAUUGCUACAAGGCAGUGGUGUGUUCAUAAACCAAUAAAAGAAUAAAACUCCA